GUGAUCGAAAUUUGAAUAGUAAGGAAAGUGAGUUCACAACACCUGUCGGGAGCUGGUUUCACUACUGUAUUACUUGGUCACUUGGCUCGACGAGCACCAAGCUGUAUCUGGAUGGUAACUUGAUAGGCACAGGUACGACGCCAUCUGGAAGAACACUGAAAAUGGGAGGAAAUCUGUUCUUCAAUAGACUUUCUUACAGUACAGAUUCUCGUUUCAUUUUCGGAGGGCAGAUUUACCAGUUUAAUAUUUUCUCUGAUGUACUCAGCUCGGUCGAGGUAAAGAAAAUAGCAGAAGGUGGGCUGUGUAUGGACCUUAAUGAAUUCUCUGGAACUAGGGCUCUGCGAUGGGAACACAUUUUGUCCCAAUCGAGGAGUGGAUCUGUAAGCGAGUUUAUGAUGUGUGAGUGGAAGAAUAAAUUAGAAGCUCGGCUGAGAGCGGCAGAAGAGAAGUUGACAAAUGUAACUGGACAACUUAGCAGGACUGAGGAGAAACUGAAUACAACCCUAGAAGAGCUAGGAGCCGUGAGAGGUGAGCUCGAAAGGACGGAGCGCGAGCUGCAGACCGAGUCAGCUCAGCACAACAAGACAGGGGAGCAGCUGGAUACUUGCUCAACUUCCCUAACAAGCGCACUGACCCAGCUGGAGGGCGACAGAACAUUCCACAACUUGACCAGGUGGGAAGUCCUAUACACAUCACCCUAUUUCAAUAAGGUGCUCCCGGAGGAACUAUUCCAGAAACUGUCUUCCAGUUGGGGAAUGUUGGGGAAGUUUGCUUGCGCGAAUAUAAGUAUAACCGAAGGUGUUGUCGACCACUUCCUUCUGUACCAUCAAGAACCAGUUUGUGACGUCUUCGAGCAAAUCUCAUACCCAAUGCUUAGACAGUUUGAAAGAGUUGAAUGGACUAAAAAUAUAACUGAUCACCUUUAAGAGACUCACCAUGUGAGACUAUGAGCGAUACGGAGAGCUAACUCACCAAGUGAAAUACGGACAGCAACAGUCCACACUCAACACUCAACACUAACAGUAGUCAACAGUAGUCAACAGUAGUCUUAUUACUAUUAUGACUCAAGGCUAGGAGCAAUGAACUUUUUGUUCUUGCGAGCGAUCAUGAUUUAUAUCUCUGAAAAAGCACAUUCCU